AUCUUCCGGCCAGUGAGUCAUAUCAGUUAUUUAUUAGAUCCAUAGUUUCAGAAGUUAAUUCUGAAUUGGAACAGCCCAGAGCGCCGAAUCCGUAGAGGCAGAAGAAGAAGCGUUGGCAUGAUCAGUUUGCAUAUUUAACGAAGCGUGGCUUGCCGUCCGGUAUUAACACUGUUACUACUUACCUACCUGAAAUAGUGAUAGCAACAGUCGACGUGUACGUAUUCUAGAGCCUUUGUCGUCAAAACUGUCCUCACUUAAUUGUAGUCACGUCCAACUUCAGAUCUGUGAAUUCCAACCAGUAGUCCAAUAUCAACAACAGAAUGUAAUCAACCUGCUCGAACAAGAAAAGGAAUGCCGACUGCGUGCUCUGUAUUCUGAACUGAUGAACGGAGGUGAUUAUUCGUCUGCCGUCAGAGCGUGAAUGGAAAAAAGUAGUGAACUUAACAUUUGCUCUAGCAAGUCUUAUGUGAGGAAACAGAUUCGCCUGCUAAAGUACGUUAGGCAAAACACUUUAAAGAAAUGGUCAACAGGAUGUUUGGUUUGGGUACUUCAUUGUGGUCAGGUCGCAUGCAUUCAGCUCGAAAGACACUCGGGUUUAGUAUUCAUAAGUAAUUUAUUCGUAGAACAUCGUGGUUAUAAAACAUAUAUUUUUAUUGCCCCACCUCGAUCUACGUAAGAAAUUAGCAGAAAGAUACUGCGUUGCGCAUUCUUUCUUGGAGCUCGCUUUGCCUGGUAUUUUUAGUCGGGCCAGUAUUUGGCAGGGGAGGCAAGCUUAGAGAGAGUAUCUUUAGUUGCAUCCCUGGCUGCAGUGUUGUCACGUUUCCGAAUAGUUUGUGGGGGAGGUCGGAAGAAGUAACUAUGACUCAAGACGACGAAAAUGUGUAGCUCACAGGACACAACGCCGUUGUUAUAGCGGUAGCAAAAUCUGCAAUGCAAAAACAGUUCGGGGAAUUGACGCAGUUUUGCAGUCUUGGCCUCAGAUGACUGGCCGAACCCUACGGUCAGCAGUAAACACUUGCAAUAUGUGACAACGCUGAACGGACAUUUCGGCCCCCAAGAGUUCUCAUUACCAUUUCGUACUGUCGGGUCCAGAUCGGAACUGACCUUUGAAGAUAGCAGAAGGAUGGCUUCUCGUGCAAACAUAAAUGAAACUACUUCGGCGGCUCAGGCCAGAAGACAUCGCUACUCCCGCUCCACGACCGCCAGCGUAACUCAGCUGCUGAGUGAAUCGUGCUCCAGUUUGCUGCAGCGUAUCACCACGCGAGUACGCGGAACUUCCGCUGCCACCGAUAAUAUUACUGCAUCAACACCAGCAUCAUCUGCAUUUUCGGCAGCUCUUGGGUUGGGAACCACCAGAUCCAGGCUAGAAGACAAGUAUUCUGCGGUACUAGACAAAUAUGGACGUCGGCGAGAAGGUGCAGGAAAUCGCAGGGGUGCUACAGAAUCGCAACGGGUGGAAACAGGAUCAGAGCAAGAAGUUUCUAAAUCCCCUGUACCGUUAACCAAAAGUGCCACCACCGCUAAUGUGGUACUUGCGGAAAAGGCUUACCCCUAUGUGAGUAAAAGCUCAGUCGCUCCAGUUCGAGAGAAAACACCCUAUCGCCAUGGUGAACAUAGACUUCUGCAACAGCAGCAGCAGGUCUACAGCAGCAGUCAUCGCCAUAGGCAUAAGUCUGGUCAAGGGGAUCAUUCCCGCAGGGUUCCUGUGCGCCCUGUACGAGUUGGCAAAAGUGAACAGGGUGAACGGAGGCUGCUGACAUCUGGUUUACGUCUUUGUCCCGUUGAAAUUGAACCUUCUAGUAUUGAAUCUCCAAAGCAGGAACCUCCUAUAGACGAUGCUGUGAUUGAACGUGAGGUUAGACGGAAAGAGAUUCAGAGCCUGAUCAUGAAAUAUACUGCGUUGGAUGAAGCAUACAAUAAGUCUGUGGGUGAAGGAAAAUAUACAGUAGAGGAGUCUGGUGGAAGAGUUGGUGCCCCAGAAGGAAAAUACUACUUGUUAGAUGAUGCCUAUAACAGAGCAUAUGAGGCAGUCUCAAAUAAGCAAAAGUCAUUGAAAUCCUCAGAUAUUGCCAACAAGUACCAGCACAAAUAUGCGCCUGCCCUGGUGCCAACUCAGAGCUCUCGAGCACCCUCGGUGGAAGACGACGAAGAUGGCCACCUGAUAUAUCGCCAUGGCGACGUUCUUCAAGACCGAUAUAAGAUCCUGGCCACCCUUGGGGAGGGCACUUUUGGCAAAGUAGUAAAAGUUAAGGAUAUGCAUGUAGAUCAUGUGAUGGCACUUAAGAUUAUCAAGAAUGUUGAGAAAUAUCGGGAAGCAGCCAAGCUAGAGAUCAAUGCCCUAGAGAAAAUUGCAGAGAAAGAUCCUGAUGGCAGACACCUUUGUGUUAAAAUGCUUGACUGGUUCGACUACCACGGUCAUAUGUGUAUUGCAUUUGAAAUGCUUGGACUGAGUGUUUUUGACUUUCUGAAGGAUAAUAAUUACCAGCCAUAUCCCCUGGAUGCCGUUCGUCAUGUUGCAUAUCAGUUAUGCUAUUCUGUCAAAUUUCUUCAUGAUAACAAAUUAACUCACACCGAUCUCAAACCUGAGAACAUUCUUUUUGUUGACUCUGACUUCGAAAUUUGCUACAACAGUAAAAAGAAACGAGAUAUCAGGCGUGUGAAAAGGACAGACGUAAGGUUGAUUGAUUUUGGUAGUGCAACUUUUGACCAUGAACACCAUAGCACCAUUGUGUCUACGAGGCAUUACAGAGCACCUGAAGUCAUUCUUGAACUAGGAUGGUCACAGCCAUGUGAUGUUUGGUCUAUUGGCUGCAUAAUUUUUGAAUUGUACCUGGGUAUAACAUUAUUCCAAACUCAUGAUAACAGAGAACACCUUGCCAUGAUGGAAAGGAUUCUUGGACCCAUUCCAUACAGAAUGGCAAGAAAAACCAAGACCAAAUACUUUUACCAUGGGAAGUUGGACUGGGAUGAGAAGAGUUCUGCUGGUCGAUAUGUUCGUGAAAAUUGCAAGCCACUGCAUAGAUACCAGAACACAGAGGAUGAAGACCAUCGCCAGCUGUUUGAUCUGAUAGCUCGGAUGUUAGAGUAUGAACCUAGUUCACGUUUGACGUUGGGAGAAGCCUUACAUCACCCAUUCUUUGACAAAAUUCCACCACACCAAAGGCUAGAUGACUUCCGGGCUGCAGGCGACGAGGGACGAGAACGCAGCCAUUCCCUGUCUCGACCCUCUUGUGUGAAAGCUGAGACAAGGCCAUGCAGAACUUCAAACUCAAUUCCCAGCUGCCCUUUGCUGCAAGCACCGUCCAAGCCUGGCAUAUACCCAAGGAAAUGACAACAAAAUUGUACAGUGAUGAUGUCAUUAACCAUCUUCUUUUCAUCUCCAGCAUUGUUUUGCUGUAACAGACUAGAACAGUCAAUACAAGACUGGCUCGGAUGAGUCAUGCUGUUAUGUUAAACUAAAUGAAACUCAUACCAGCUGUUACUGAAUGCGUGUGUUGCUUCAAAUGAGAGUCACAUUAAAUGUGUGUUUGAAGUGAUAAAUUCUGUUGAGAAAUGUUUAAAGUGAUAAUUGGUUCUGCAGUACCUGUCAUUUCUGACACCUGAACUCUUUAACAUAAGCAGGUUUGGCCCAAAGCAAAUGCAAACUUCAGAGCAUUACAAAAAUUUGCUCGUGUUGACUUAUACAUAAUAUACAUAAUAUAUCACUCACAAUUAGUGCUUUUUUAUGUACAUAGUAAAUUGAACUCUUUUUAUGUUUACAGUUCCAAACAUGGUUGGUUGAUGGCUCAGUGUUCACAUGAAUAUGUGUAUUUAAAAGAAAAUGGACAGUCACAUAGUCUUCAUCCAGCCCACAAAUACCGAGUGCAUUACUGUAAUAAAGUUCUUUUCAAAAAAU